CUCAGACGGAGCCGCACGUGGCAAGACUGACGACCGGCUCCUCGGCCCGCACGAGCUGCGUGAGGGUCACGUCGGCGAUACGUGAGGUGCACCUGACUCUGGUGCGCUCGAUCCCAGACCAACAUCCGGCGGUACACGGCAGACGGCACGGCAUGCGGCUCUCCGUCUGGCUGGCGUUCGCGGUCGCCCUCGUCACAUUCCAAAGGGCGGCCCCGCUCAGCUGCGCCCCCUGUCGCCCGGAGCAAUGCAAGCUGCGCAGCCCCAGAUGCAAGUACGGCGUGGUUAGGGACACGUGCUCCUGCUGCGUCACUUGCGGCAAGGGUCCCGGACAGCUGUGCGGCGGGCCGUGGGACUCGGCCGGCCGCUGUGGCCACCACCUGUACUGCAAGAAGAGGCCGCACCACCGCGAGCCGUACGCCGAGUUCAACGCGCUCGGCAAGUGCCGGCGGCCGCAGGCGGCGCGCCAGCUGCCGCGCGACGACGACGUCGUCUUCCCGGACGCCGAGCACGUGCAGCAAGACGAGAUGGAGCGGGCGGCGCGGCACGAGGCGGGCGCGCUCAGUCUCAUCAGCCCGCUCCCGGCCGCCUAGACGGGCCCUUCGGCCGGACAGAGCGAGACUGAGGCUGGCGGGCCGCCUAGACCGGCCUGAUAAGCCGACUCCUGGCCGUCUAGGGCGCCGCCACCCAUCUGAUCGGCCUGCACUCGGUCACCUAAAACGGCGCCGUCCGCCUGGUCGGUCCCCUUGUCGUCUCCACACGGUUUCACUGCCUGCUCCUAUUCCUCCUCCCCCAUGAAGCCUCUUCGCAACACCACCGCGUGUCGUCGGCUUCUCUAGUGCUGGUCGACUACUGCCACACCACCACUGCCAGCCGAGGCAGACUGCUGCGGCACGCCAGCGAACCGAAGCUGGCACGCCUUCAUAGAGCCGCCGACUCUCCGAUACAGACAGGCGUGAGCGGCGCGUGAAUGAAACCAGGGCAGGUUGUUUGGUUGCCGCGUGCAGCGCACUGCGCGGUUUAAUGACUUAGAUCCUGUCACUGCGCAUCCCACGAAACUUCCCCGUUCCGCGCUGAUGGGAACGACGAGUUUGACAGCAGCCGAAUACGCAGCAGACUUCAACGUUCCUUACAAGCAGAACGUCAUGUGGGUGCAUGGUACAGGCCUGUCGCGCAUGAUGACAUUCUGACAAGAAUAAAGUGACAGACAUUACGUCGAGCUUGUUCGUGGAGUGUGCUCAAAAUACUAAGCGCGAGCGCACAUCCAUUUCGCUUAAGUAAACCUUAUCUGCUCACGUCACUAAGCAUGCAACCUCCUCACGCGAUAACACGAUCAAUCCGGCACGUGCCACAUCCUCCAAACGACGUCUUUGUCGUAAGGUUUGUCGUUGCAUUCCAGGUCUCGAAGAGCACCGACGAUGGAUGCAGGCCAUGACAAUGUUGCCAAUAAAGCUCUUACCACUCAGAAUCUAA